CUUUCGCUUUGGCUUGUAAACAAGCCGCCAAACAAAUCCGCAAUCGAGCCUGCGCAGGCUCCACGGCCACCUCCAGACGCCCACUUUCACUCGGAGCUACUGAGCUCGUACGAGUGCAUCUCCAACAAGCGGGCGCAAUGUUUUCCUGGAUUACCGGUCCGAGGAUUACCAAUGCGAUUGAAGACCUCCAGCCAGAUCAUGGAUACGAGAGCACCUUCAUCGACGCGCCCGAGACGCCCGCACACCAGUUCGCUGUCAAGGCCCUCAAGCGCGCCGUGUUCGGUACGCCAGCCCCAGACGAUGCGACCAACGCAGGCAAGAGACUGCAGAAGAAGCUGUCGCCAGAUCUCGCAGCCUCCAAAGUCCCUGUAGUCGCGGCUCCUCAGGAAGAAACACCGCCCGUAUCACCAUCCAAGUUGCCGGGUGGCAUCCUGAUGACGCCGGGAACCGUCAAUAAGGGACGCAAGUCGGUGUCAUUUGGCGCGCACGUCGUCGACAAUGAGGGGAAGCGCGUCAACCCUGGCCGCAGUGGCAUACCUAGUGACUGUCCGGGCAAAUUCCCAAGCCCAUGGACUCCUGGAACAGAGCUAAAGGCAAGCACAGAUAGCGAACAGAAGCCUCGCACGAAGCUCACCGCGGCCCUUCUGGAUGCGCGAACUACGACACAACCAAGGAGCGGACAGAAACCAAAAGCACGGGACGACAGCGACAUCACCAUGGACUUGGGCGCACCGCGGGCGGACUCGGGCAAAUACUGGAAGGAGCAAUACGAGGAAUACACGGCGAGGAGCGAGAAAGAGGUCAAGAAGCUGAUUGCGAAGCAGCAGCUAGCUAAGAACUACGCGCAGAAGAAGGACGGCGAGGUCACAGAGCUUGCCACGAAGCUCGAGCAGGAACGCAAACGAUUCCGGCGGCGUGAGCAAGAGCUGGAGCAGCAGAACAAGGACUACCAGGAGCGACUUCGCCAAGCAAUGGCCGAAAAGCUGUCCGACGGCAUCGAGAUCACAGCACUUAAAAAUCGCAUUGCAACUCUGGAGAAGUCAUUGACUGCAACGUCGUUCGAGCUACAGGAGGCCAAGUCAUCGUCUCCGUUUCAAAUAUUCGAAGAUACAAGCAAGAACGAAGAGGCAGUACGAGUCGAAAAGGACAAACUUGCGGAUGCUUCAUAUCUAUCCCAGAAAGUCCGUGUGGUGUCAGUUGGCAAGGAGAACUCUCCUCCCAAGCCUCGCCAUGUCCGCCGUCAAACCAUGCCAGAGCCAGCGCCAGUUCCCCAAGUUUCGCUUUCAUCAACACCGCGACUAGGCGCAGCGGCCGGAGAUGUAUCCACAAUCUUAGGGAGGUCUCCACGCGUCGCUAUCCGCGAAGUCGAGUCCACCUCGAAGUCAGCUUCGGCUGCGGAGACUGCGGAACCUGGUUCGACAUCAGUCCUCAGCAACCGCAAGCACGAUGUGAGCCAGCGAAAUCAGCGACCAUUAUCCCCCGCCCCGGCUGCCCCAUCAAGCCCACUUCCGCAGCCUUCGCCCGAUCCAUGGGUAGCUGCAGAUCAGAGCUCGAUUGCACACUACGAUAAGAUGGCUGUUCCGAUAGGAGGAGGCGGUGGAGGAUCCUACACGAGGCCUGGCAGGCCUCUUCGCACUCGCCGACACACAGCUUCGAAGUCUGUCUCACAAGCUCCUGUGGCCGAGCGCUCGAGGCCCUCCCAGAGCACAGGAGAAACCUUGCUCUUCAAGUCGAAGCUAGACGCACAGCUUGCAAAGGAGGUUAGCUCGGAGAAGGUCACGCCCGUCGAUAUUAAGAUCGAGACUAGACAGGUGGCUCCUCCAGCCACAUUGGAAUCGAUGGCGGCCGCUCGCAAGUUCGAUGGCGUCAAACCGUCCAGCACCUCUUCAACAGACUCAAAAUUCGAUCGGGCUAAGAUCACUAGCCACCAUGCUGAAGGAUCGUCUCAGGUCGCAAAGGAGCGUGCUAUGCUCCCUGUUGACCGGAAGGAAGCGGCGGCAAGGCGAUUGGCAGAGAGGAGGCAGAAGAAGCAGUUGGCCAAGUGAGACGGCUCAGCGAGGUAUGCUAUUUGGAAUGCGUGUACUUUUUGGCUUUAUGGUUUCACUAGGGUUGGCAAGGCGUUUGCGUACUGAUGAUCCUCAUGGAAUUAUCCGGUCUGGCUUCGGCACGUUAUGGGUACGGUUGCAUUCUGUGGAGUAUUGCUCGAUACCUGGACAUUGAUAUCCAUUU